CAAAGUUCACGUAGAGCCCCUUACUGCGCAUGCGUGUAAUAUGGUGGCACUGUCUGCAUCAACUGGGGAAGUUGUGCAUUAUUAUUUAGUAAAGUUUUAAAUAAAGCAAUGCCUUUUUAACUCUUAGGGAUUAUAAACUCUACACAUAGAGUCUAUUUUACAGCAACUGAAGGAACAUCAUGACAGCUAACGAGGAUCAGGAGAUGGAGCUGGAGGCUCUUCUCUCUAUCUAUGAAGGGGAUGAGUGUUUUAAGGAAAUCAGUUCAGUUUCCUUCCAGUUUAGGAUAGGAGAUCUCAAUGACACCAAAGCGUUUAUCCUGGACAUCACAUGGCCUGAGACGUACCCUGAGACAGCCCCCCAGAUCUCCCUCGAUUCCUUCUUCAACAACAGAAUCACUGCUGAGACGAAGCAGCUGAUCCUGUCAAAGCUGGAGGAGCAGGUGGAGGCUAACCUGGGCACUGCCAUGAUGUACACUCUGUUUGAGUGGGCCAAGGAGAACCAGGAGGAACUAAUGGAGAACCACAAGCCUGUCAUUGCUGUGACACCAAGCAUUGAUGGGGGGAAUACCACAGCCAAGAAGAAGGAGAGGAAGGAGCAGCUGACUAAAUCUCAGAAGAGGAAGAUUGUCAACAAAACAGAUCACAAAGGGGAAUUGCCAAGAGGUUGGGACUGGAUCGACGUUAUCAAAGUAGGUGCAAACGAUCUUCUGUCCACAAGGGGGUGUACUUCAUCAGCAUUUAGCCUGCAGUCACAGUCUUUCUGAACCUGUCCUCAUUAUUGUUUCUUUCUCUCCCUCACCCUCCCUCCUUGAUGAUCCAGCAUUUGAGUAGAACAGGAGGGCGAGAUGACGAGUAGCAGUGGUGUGGCGCUGCUUUGUGCAAGGAAGUGCAGUGAAGUGUGAACUCCCUGCAGCCUGUUGAUGCUGCUGCUCCUGUCUAGAUGCCUUUACAUCCUUCAUCUCCAACAUUUAACAUGGCUGCUGUCGCCCCGGGAACCAAAGCAGGCUGGGUGACGGUUCAGGACACACACACGUCCAGCUUUACUAAGACUUUGCACUGGGAAUUCUUUGAAGCCCUUGCUGUGUUUUAUGCAUGUGUGGGACGCAGCCAGGUAAAGAGCAACACAUCAUCAGGUUUUGUGCCUCUUCCACGGUUUGCACUCAAAUAUUCUCCAAGUCAUCCAUCAGGGCGGAGUGUGCUGGUACACUGCCAUGUUUUCAGGCUGCCACGCACAGGAGCGUAAAAGUGUUGCGUUGUGGUUCAUGGUAGAAAUGUCAAAGUGCAGGUACAUUUUUAGUAACACUUAAAUGUCACCGUUUUCUUAUGUGAGAGAUUUUUGUUUCCCCCUAUGAAUUGAAAAACCUCAUUUUUAUAUAUCUAAAUAAAACCAACUUUGGUCUACUA